AUGACCCCUGCAAUACCUCACACAAGUCUUUUGGACCUCCCUACUGAAAUCCAGCUUAUGAUCUAUGAAUAUGUACUGUGUCCUCCUGGAGGAAUGCAGAUUACCUGCAAGGGUUAUUAUUCUAACAACAAGGAAGUUUUGUUCCAUUCUGAUAAUGAGGAAUUUUUGUUUCAUUCCGAUGAUGAGGAAGCUUCAUUUCAUUCCGAUGAUGAGGAAGUUUCAUUUCAUUCUGAUGACGGACCUUCCAUCAGAUACCAGUUAAAAAGAACAGAAAUAAAAAGAAGGGAAUUCAGUAUUAUAACCAAGAUAACGCCUGCUCUGGCCCAAGUCUGCCACUCUAUCUAUGCACUUGCUCAGGAGUGUUUGUACAAGAAGAAUCCAUUUAUUCUGAGCAUGGACAGCUUGAGUGCACUGGAAUUCCUUAAGCAUCUUGGACCAGAUUCUUACAACAUGAUCAGAACCAUCGGCUUUACCAACAAGAUACUCACCUUGGGGUACAAUGAUUGGAAUUUUUCCAGUGUCACUGAUCUUGCUGCUCUUCUACCCAGUUUCAAGAACCUAAGGGAGAUAUUACUUCCAAUGCCUAAUGAUUACUAUGCAAAGUAUUUAGGAGGGGCUUGUGACAUGUGGUUCUGGGGAUGGAGGCUUCCACGGAAGCUCAGUAUAGCGUUCCGCCGUGGGUACUUUCAAAGGCUUCGGCUUAUACAUCCCAAGAUAUAUGUCCAUAAAAUCGGGCCGUAUCUUUACUGGAAUAUAAUUCAUGGGUUGCAGCGUGCAAUAUUGGGUUCAAAUGCAGACAGGCGCAUCAAAAAAAUGGGCGUGGAGUUCUUUUCAGCGUUUGGGGGAGGUGGAGGGUUUGGAACGUUCAAAGCUCGCAGGCGACUUCAUGGAACCGAGAACUUGGAGUUGCUAAAUGAGAAACUGGCAGAGGUCUGGAAUAAAUUGGGGUUUGUGAUUGAGAUUGAUGAGUCCCGGCCGUUCAAGGAGGGAACAGAGCUUGUUAUUCGACGUGUACAGCAGUAG